UCUGAAUGAGGAUGGCAGCAGUCCGGCCAGCAGCUCCAACCUGAGCGCCUCACAGAGGGGAGGGGGGGAUGAAUGGGAGUCAGAUUCCUGCUUGUUGUUUGGCUCAGCUCGGAAGAAAACAGCAGCUCACUUUGAACCACAUGAAUCCGAAUAAAUGUUUCAUGAGUCCGGUCCCAGUGCGGAGGAGCGACAUGGACAACGGCUGUGAGACUGGGAGACCCUAGCAAGGAAAAGAGGUAAAAGGGCAACGGCGAGGGACCAUCUGUGGUUGGUUAACAGAAGGCUCCUUGAUCCUGCAAUGCCAGAAGAAGCUAAUAAGGACGCCAUGAGAACGCCAGUGACCCCAGAGAAGGCCAACAACAACGAGUGUCCCGCAGCCCCUGCGACGACGGUCAACAUCCCCCUGGUCAAUGAAGUCCAGCUCGCGGCAGCCACCGGCGGGGCAGAGCUGUCCUGCUACCGUUGCACCGUCCCGUUUGGCGUGGUGGUCCUCAUCGCUGGCAUCGUGGUCACCGCCGUGGCCUACAGCUUCAACUCGCACGGAUCCACCAUCUCUUACUUCGGCCUGGUGCUCCUCUCGGCCGGGCUGGUGCUCUUAGCGUCCAGCGUCGUCUGCUGGAAGAUGAGACUGGAGAGGAAGAAGGAGAGGCGACGGGAGAGCCAAACCGCCCUGGUCGCGAACCAGAGGAGUAUUUUUACUUGAACUAGCAGUUUGGACGACAAGUGUCCUGGUUCUGUGAGUUGGGAAAAGGCCUGAUUUUGAGAUUGAGUUGGAGAACCAGCUGUGGACAGAUGUUGUCCAGCAUGCUUUGGAUUUCCGACCUAUAAAAGCUUUGACCGCAGACUCUCAAGGCCCAGAACUUAAAGCUUUGAAGACAUUGUAAGGGAUUUAUUUGUCAAACAGACGUUGAGCAUCUGGUGAGCCGGGAACGCAGCCAAAAGGAAUGUAUCACAAUUAAGAUGAAUUACCACUGUGCGAAGCGAUGUAGAGGAAGUCUCCCAUUAAUCCGAUGUUGGAUGCGGCGGCUUUGAUUGUGAUGGGAGGGAUUGUGGUUUGAAAAUGCCCAGGGAAGGAGAAGGAAACUGGAAAAUCCAGGACAAUGAUUCAUGCCUCAUUUACUAUGCUUCAACUUGGACGUAUCUGUUUAAUAAAGUGUUCAUCUCACAGGGAAGGAUUGUGAAUGGCCUGUUAUGGAAGUAUGGUACUUGAUAUGAGGAUUGUGUUUAAAAUCUGCCGAUAUACGUCGUUCAGAUUAGAGGGCACAUGAUAUUAUACAUAGAGAGAAUAUUUAACCGUAAAUAUAUAUUCUCUUAAAGCACUUUGAUCCUUCAUAAUCAUCAUAUUCCGUAUUACAAGACAUCUAUUAACAAAUGAAAUGAGUGACACGUCCACAACUCUGAGUAGUUUUGCCUAUGUCGGGUUUUGUUGGGUGAUGAUCACUUACUGUCCAGUGUACUUCCAUACUAUAAAAGGAUAUUAUUGUAGCAUAUGUUGUUGUUUUGAUGUAAUCAUUUGCAUGUAUUAACUGUUACCAGGACGUUAUGAGGUUCAAUAAACUCAUUGAUACACGGGAA